CCGUAAGAGAGGGAAUGUAAAUACUGCAUAUAACAACUUUAACCUUAAUAGGAUGUUAUUAAAAUUCACACCAUGAUGCAAAGAAGAAAGGCCAGAUAAACAUGGCUGACAUGUUGGGGUGGGUGGUGAGCGUAGUAUGAGCACUCCCAUGAGAAGAGGCAUUUUUGGGCUGACGGCUGGGCUGCAGGUGGUUUCAACUACCAUAACGGACGGUCUUGUGUGGGCCUGGUCCACGUUGUUUCACGCCAUAUAUCCAGAGACACAGGUGGAAACUCCUUUACAGAGUUUUCCAGCGGACUAUGGCGUGGUGGUUGCAAAGCUACAGAAAGUGUAUGGUGCCCAGGCGGAGGUUGUUGUCAAGGAGGUUUUGUCAGUCCUCCGGAAGCAUUACCAUGGCAACAUCGACAAGUUUCUCGCUGAGUUCCUGGAACCUGCUGUUGCCCUGUUGGCAGAGUUCAUUGAGCAAGAGCAAUCAUGGGCAAUUCAGAACGCAGAUAACAGCAGACUUAUCCAAGAAAUAUACGUUGAACCUGCUGAACCAUCUAAAGCUACGGUUGGUGAUGACUCUGACCUUGGUGGAACCUGCUUGAAAACUUCUACCCCUAAAGUGGUAAAUGACAGCUGCUCUUUCUGCAGUCUUUUCAAGAAAUCUGGAAUACCGGGAAGAAAAAGCAACCUUUCUGAUUGUGAUGCUAAAAUUAUCUGUGAUAAACUGAGUUUUUGUGAUAAGUGUUCUAAAUGGCCUGUUGUGUUUAAUUCCCAUGUGAUUGUGCAUUUAUCAAGCUUCUCUUGGAGUAAGAUUAAGUGCGGGGAUAUAUAUUUUUACAUAAAAAAAUCAGACAACACUGCUCAGAGUGUGGAAUUAUGGGUGAAACACUGCAGUGUCGGUGGAGAUGUCCAGCGUAAGUUCUUUGUUCCCAAGGCAGAGUUUGGAGGAGUAUUCAGCAUGUCAUGGCGCGGAGAGGAGGAUAGGGGAUGGGGUGGAGAGGAGGAUAGGGGAUGGGGUAGAGAGGAAGGGGGUAGUGGCUGGGGAGAGGAUGGGAUAGGAGACCAAGGUCUAGAAGCUUCCCUUAGACGCUGCCUGGCCAAUCUUGAGGACAGUGUUUGUCGACUGCGCUGGCAGGGGGUGACGCCAACACCCCCACACAACAUGAGGCCUUCAAAUUCUGGGGCUGGGGACAGGUUGGCCACUGGACAGGGUCGGGCUGACCAGUAUCAAGGAGAAAGCUCGGAAUCCACCUGUCCUAGACAACACUGUAGAAGGUCCAGCAAUCAUCAUAACAAUGGUCAUGUGACGGUUGAUGGACGGGAAGGGGACCGACCUCCACGAUCCCCAGGGGGCCUCCACCAGCACCGGCAGCUGGACACGCCCAGGACCAUCCUUGACGUAGACUACACACUGCUGCAGUCCGGCAUCGCAAUUCUACCAGGGAGCCAGGACGGUGCCGGUAAUGCCCUGGUGCUCGUGUUCACGUCCAGCUCACUAUGGAAGAACCAGCAGGUGCGCAGUACCGACCUCGCCCGCCUUCUCAUGUACUACCACACUGUACCCAGGGAGACUAUACGAUGCCGAGGCCUUACAGUCGUGGCGGACAUUCGGGGCUCCACGGCUUCAACCAUUAACUCCUUGCUCGAAUCUCUAUAUCUAUUUGAGGGCAACGUAUGUGGAGGUAUAGCCGUUGUCCAUCUACUGUGUGACAGACACACACAGGCCCUUGUCCUCAAGUCACCUAUAUAUGAUGUUCACUCAGCAUUCCAGACUAGUCAUCGAAGUGUGAUAAACCUGCUGCUGUCGCCCGGGCUCCUUGCCUCAUACAUCUCGCCCAAUCAACUGCUGCCCGCCAUGGAUGGGACAUUACAAUACAGUCAUGAAGACUGGCUGCGAUUCCAUAUGAGACUAGACCCAUUCAUGUCGAGCUGUCGCUCAGUGGGGCAGUUCUUGGUUGGAGUAUUGGAGGAGCUUUCAGGGGUGGAGCGGGUACCCAGUUCCGCACAGGAGGCAGAAUCCCUUGUGCGUAGACAGGAGAAGUUAGUUGCAGGGGUGUGGCAGGACAGCCGGGUGACACGCCUUCAUGGGGAGGGGGAGGCCACGCUACAAGCUCUGCAGCGGGAUCACACAAGCAUAGCUCAUACUGAAGACUAUAGGUACAGUAUGGAGGAUGUCACACGACUGUUCCGUCACGUCCAGGACACGUUAUCCCGCCUCCUGCGACUCUCAGACACUCGUAUGGCGCGCCUAGAGACUUGCCUACAGCUACGAGACUUUGAGGAGGAAUGUUCCAAGGUGUUGACGUGGCUGCACACCCAGGGCGGGGAGUGUCUCCAGCGACAUAACAACAUGGCAGACAACCUGAAGGGUAUCCGCACCCAACAGAAGGACUUUGACAAGUUUUACUAUGCUGCUAUGAGCCACAUAGAGAAGGGUAAUGAUCUCCUUGAGGAUGCUGGCUGUCUGGCACGGGCCGGACAUCUCGAGGAGGUGACAGGGUACAAGGAGCUAGCCACAAUGCUCAAACGCCAGUUGCAGACGUUCUCAGAGAGACUUGAGGAGGUCCGGGAACGGAUAGGGGCUACAACAAAAUGCUACCAGCUACUUGAUAAGACAUAUGAGUGGGCCCUGGAGUCUAUGAAGUAUGUCGCCAGUAUGAAGAUGGAGCUGUGUGCCUCCCCAGAAGGCCUGGAGAAGCUACUGCACAGUCUGGAGAUUUACCUACAGGAACACCCGCCGGUCGGGCACGAGUCAUUUUCCCAGAUGGCCGAUCUAGCGCAACAAUUACACAAUGAUAAACUGCUGGAGCAGUGUCAGACUGCGCAGAAUCGAUGCAUUGAGACUCAGAAGAUGUUGGAAUUGCGGGCAACAACUCUUCAGCAGUUUCAUUCACAACUUGAACAGGAUAAGGCUGGAUAUACCACAAAGAUGUCAGCCGCAUUUAAUAAAGACUCUGGCCAGAGAGUUACAUAUGACUUGUCAAAGUACUUUCCACAUAGUUCGCCAUCUCCUAAAAAGACUAAUGCAAGUGCUGCAGCAUCUCCUGCACACUCCAGUGACAGUUCUAUAUCACCCGCUCACAGAGCGGGGCAGUGGGAGCCCAAAGACUCCAGUACGCCCGUUGUGCCUAAGACCUACUCUCGGACUCAGUUAGAACGGCUACGAAGCCUUUCAUCUCAGUCACCUUCAUCGUCAUCUACCUCAUCCCCUGUCCACGCACAAACCUCUCUCUCCCCGAGAAGCCCUUCUCAUGCCUCACUGAUUCACCCUGUAUAUGCCUCCCCCACUCAUCUCAGCUACCCUGCUUCACCCAGCAACUCUUCACAAGAUGCUAGUGUCACAAACUCAAACAGAACUGAUACCAGUGAUAGUUCGUCAUCUAGUGAUAGACUUAAAGCUUCAGAAAGUGACAAUGUGAAUGCUAGCAGCAAUACAUCACCUCAGAAGUCCUGGAAUAUGAGACGUGCAAUAUCUGUCCCCGGGGCAGGAUCUCCGAGGAGCGAGGACGGCGGGGGCAACGAAGAGAGUAAAAGUGACCGGGUUGCCUCACUGAGACAGGAUGGCCGCACCAACAGCAUGAUCACUGGCAGCUCAGACAGCUUGCCAAGCCUGCCAGAGGAGGAGGACGAGGGAGUAAUAUCAGGCGCCCCACGGGAACUAGCGCCUUACUUCCGUCGUGAGUGGACCCCUGUGCCAGUGAACUCCCACCUGACAGACACCUCCACCCCUGUCACCCCCCUUGAAGACCUCAAACUGUCAGAACCAGAGAUAAAGAGCAAAAGGACAUUGAGCCUGAUAAUGAGUGAGAUGAUCCAGACUGAGCGUGACUACGUGUGCGCGCUACAGUUCAUCGUUGAGCAGUAUGUGCCUGAAAUGCUGCGUGAGGAUGGACCUCAACAACUGCGGGGAAAACGUAACGUCAUCUUUGGGAACAUUGAGAAAAUCCUGGCCUUCCAUCAGCAGUAUUUCCUUCAGGAACUCGAGGCUUCGCGGCGGAACCCCUUCCUCAUUGGGAAAUACUUCCUCAUGCAUGAGUCCCAGUUUCACCUGUAUGCCCUGUACAACAAAAACAAACCCAAGUCUGACAUCCUGAUGGCCGAGUACGGAAAGGCUUUCUUCAAGGAGAAGCAGACUUCUCUAGGCGACAAAAUGGACCUAGCCAGCUACCUGUUGAAGCCCGUCCAGCGUAUGGGCAAGUACGCCCUGCUCCUCAAGCAGGUUGUGAAGGAGUGCCCGCGGGACGCACCAGAGUCGCACGACCUCCGGGCAGCUGAGGACAUGGUCCGCUUCCAGCUGCGUCACGGCAAUGACCUCCUCGCAAUGGAUUCAUUACGUGACUGUGAUGUGAAUCUACAGGAGCAAGGGAGACUACUAAGACAGGAUGAGUUUCUUGUGUACCACGGACGUCGCAAGUUCAUGCGGCAUGUAUUCCUGUUUGAAGAUCUCGUGUUGUUCAGCAAGACGAGACACACGCGAUCUGGCUUCCAGGAUACAUACCUAUAUAAGUUUAGCUUUAAGAUGUCAGAUAUUGGCUUGACCCAGGAUUACGAGGGUUCGGGCUAUAAGUUUGAGCUGUGGUGGCGACGUCGAAAUUCAGGCGAGAGAUACGUUCUACAGGCUGCAAGCUCAGAACAGAAGAAGCUCUGGGUGAAGGAUCUCACACGAGUCCUCUGGAACCAGGCUGUCAAAAACAGGGAGAACCACCUGAGCGAGCUGGCCACGAUGGGUAUCGGUAACAAGCCAUGCAUGGACAUUAAGCCCAGCUCGGACAACAUCCAGGACAGGUUCAUCAACAUUGCUGUUGGCUCCAGGGAUGCUCGCAACCGUAACUCGAUAGCCGUGUGUUCCUCCGAGCACCACCAAAAGGGAAGUAAGCGGCCCCACUCUAUCAUCUCCGUUAGCAGCAACUCCAGCUCGGGGUCGGGACAAUCCGGGCCCCUCGCCUACCUCCGCCACUCCCUGAUAGACACGCCCACUCAGGGGGACAGUCCGCACACGUACAGACGAUCUUUUAUGUCCACAGAGAGUGGGAUUGGCACCAGUAUAACGAGUGGCGGGGAGGCAGACACCACACUGAAGUGUGAAACAUCAGACAUGUACCGAGCCCAGUCCCCACCCCCCUACGACUUCCGAAGUCCACCGCCCCCUGGGGACCGGGAGUUUGGGAAACCAAGACUUAUAAAUUUACCAUCACAUGCUGAGGAAGCAACAGAUGUUUGACAAUUUAACUUCAGGAUAGUGUGCAAAAAAAAGAUAAAAGUAACGGAUAGACUAAAGACUAUUUUGUGAGCUAAACUUAGCCCUGGCUUAUCAGCUUGACAUGUAUCAAAAUGGAAUAGUGAUUGAACAUGUUCAAUGAAAGAUAGAAUAUAGUUUAACUGUUCAACAGUUACUAGCCAUUUGUGGUAAUUGAUAUAUGGUGUUUUUCUCAGUUAUCAAACAUGCUUGAUUACUUUUAUAUCUGAGCCUGUCAAGUUGUGAUAAUUCAUUAGAUCUGAUAUUUAAUUAAUUUAAAUAUGUUCUGAUAUUUUGUGAACUUUGUUAAACACUUUAUUAAGAAUACAGAAUGCAUGUUUGUGUACAGUGGACGUUAUUUGUCUGUAAUGAAAGCUUCCAUGAUCAUGAUAGGGCCUCAUUCACCAUGCUAGAGCCUCAGAUGUAGUGGUAGGGCCUCGUUCACCAUGCUAGAGCCUCAGAUAUCGUGGUAGGGCCUCGUUCACCAUGCUAGAGCCUCAGAUGUCGUGGUAGGGCCUCGUUCACCAUGCUAGAGCCUCAGUUGUCGUGGUAGGGCCUCGUUCACCAUGCUAGAGCCUCAGUUGUCGUGGUAGGGCCUCGUUCACCAUGCUAGAGCCUCAGAUGUCGUGGUAGGGCCUCGUUCACCAUGCUAGAGUCUCAGUCAUCGUAUUAGAGCCUCAUUCAUCACGGCAGGGCCUCAUUCACUGAUGAAACUUGUGACAGAAAUAUUAUUUACCUGAGAUGUAGCUCUUCUGUUUCGAUUUGUUUUGUGAAGGGCCACAAGGACUCAGGAAUCGUGUAAUGUUCCAUAGACACAGUCAUUGAAAUGACUUAAACACUUCAGAGAUAGUUUGACAGCUCAAGACUACACAAUACAUGCCUGUAAACAAGUCAUGAAGUGUAGCUACUUGCUUUCAAUAGCCAUAGCUUUAUUGUAUUUAUAUAUUUUUGUCAUCCAUAUUGUAGUAGCAGUUUUUGGAAUUGAUUUUUUCCGAAGUUUCAUAACAUGAAAAUAUGGAAUAGGGGCACUUAUCCAAACUCAUGAAGGGUUUUGAUGGAUUCCCUCCCUUAGAUAUACUUCAUUACUUCGCAAUAUUUAUGGUGCUUUAAUUGAUAUUACAUUUCACCGGAUAUUUGUCCUGCCAGUCAUUUGUUUCUAAUGCAGAUAUGUUUUCAUUUAAUCUCAUAAUGUAUAAAUAUUUAUAUGAUCAUCUUUUUCAUAAUGUGUCUCAACAUUGAACAUAUAUUACAGGUGUAGAAAACAUAAAACGGAAAAUAUUUGAA